AUGCAGCAAGGAGGAGUGUCCAAGGCGACGAAGACAUUGAAUCUGUCAGAGGACAUCUUCGCAGGGAUGGAUUUCGUCCUGCGCGGAGGAGGUCGAACCAUCAAGCAUCGUGAAUAUUUUCAUUUGGCGAAAGGUCGAGAUCUUGGUUUCAACACCGUGCUUGCCUUCUUCUCCAAGCUGUCAUCGGGAGCUGGUGAGCAGCUGAUCACAAGACAGACUCUCCGCCUGGGGAGUCUCUUGCCGCUGCCGGAAUUCUUGUCGUUCUACUAUGCACACAUGGGCCACUACUUGUCUCAGUGGGCGGUUUCUUGGGGUCUUCCGGUGCUUACCCUGGUUUGGCUGCUGAUCCUCCUGAAUGGCUGUGAGGAUGCCAACGACCUCUCCAUCAAGUGCAGCGCUACUGGACAGUCUGCAGCGUCAGUCAUGGCUGAAGCGUGGCAGUACAUCUACUCUGGCAAUUUGCUCAUCGUUUUCCUCCUUGCUCAAAUGGCCCCGAUCUUCUUUGAAGUGUGGAUGCAGGCCGGCCUCGUGACCUCGAUCAUUCGCCUCGUGAAGCAGCUCCUGACGCUCUCCCCGAUCAUGUUCAUCUUCCAGGCGAAGGUGAUCGGGUUCUACACAAUGAAUGAGCUCAAGUACGGGGGCGCAACUUACGUUGCCACAGGAAGAGGACUGCCAACAGAAAGGCGACCCUUCGUGGGCGUAGUCACCGACUCCGGUCGACUUCAACCUGGGGGUCUCUAUCUGGACUACGCUCGCAUCACGUACUACGACGGAGCAGCUCUGCUGCUUCUCAUGGUUCUGGUUGUAGUUGCUGGCGGUAUGGACAACACGGGUCCGCAACUCUACGGAAUCAUGGUGUCGCUUUGCCUGGUCACGGUCUCUUGGCUUUUGGCGCCUUUCAUCUUCAAUCCGUACCAGUUUCGGCCCUCGUGCUGGGCGAACGACAUGAAGGCUUGGCUUCAGUUCUUCCUCGAAGACGGUGGCUCUCACUGGAAGAAGUGGUUCACGCAGACCCAGCUGAAACCUCGACGAGGGUUCCGGGCAACCAUUCUCGACACUUGGAAGCAUGCUGCCGUGGCUGCCUACGGAGCGGGGCAGACUUAG